UAUAGGUUAUGUUUUUGUUAUUGUUGUCAGCAUACUACAAGAAACAUAUGAAACAAAACUGUAAUAGUUGCUCUAUUUUUGUCAAAACGAUCUAAAAUGUUUAAAAAACCAGUAAGAAUAAAAAGUAACAACCAAGUUAAAGGUUCUGAACGAAAGGGCGUCAAGGACUUAUUCACCAAAACCUUCCCCAAUGCAAUUGAAUCUGAAGUGAAUUCAAUUUUCAACAACAAAAAAGAAGCCCUUAAUUGUCUCAAGUUGGUAACUCACGACGAGGAAGUUCUCCAAGUGUACACUAUGCAAAAGCAACCAUUAUUCUUUACCGUCAGAGAGAAGCUGCUUCCCACAGUGUUUUUACUAUGGAAAAUGCCUAAUUUAGUUCCAAGCUUCACAACACACCCACAAGUAAUGACUUUUAUUAAUUCUGGUGCUGAUUUAAUGCUGCCCGGGGUGGUCACACCUCCUCCCCACACCAAUUUGCCAAAAUAUGGAAAUGUUUCAGCAGGUGAUGUGGUUUAUGUUAAUUUAUCUGAUAAUAAAGCGGCAGUUGCAGUUGGAGUUGCCAACCAAAGCUCAUUUGAUAUGGAAAGGUCUGGUGGCAAAGGAAAAGGAGUUAUUAUUUAUCACUACCUAGGAGACCAUUUGUGCCAAGUUGAUGGAGCUGGUAAAACUCCCAAACCUAAUCUAGGUCCUCCAGAAUGGUUGAGUUUAAAAAGUUAUGAUUUAGACUUUCCUGCUUUGGGUGAAAAACCUAUUGAGGUCAUUACUGAUCCAAUUGAGGAAAAUAAUGAAUCUAAAGAGGAAAUUAUUAAGCAAGAAGAAGUAGUUCCUGAGGAUAAUUCAACAGAUUCAGAUGAGCUUUUGCACUAUUGUUUCCUUGCAUCAAUAAAAUACUCUAAGUCUCUGACAUUACCAGUCUUAAUAUCAAACUUUUUUAAGCUCCAAAUGUUGCCAAUGUGUCCUGAAGGGUCUACUCUUGACAUUAAAAAGACCUCUUACAAAAAGCUAAAGCCUUUUCUAGAUGAAAUGGCAGGCACUGGUUUGAUUACUAUAAAAGAAAUUAAAAAGGGAGUGGAGGCCAUUACAGACAUAAAUAAAACCCACCCAAAAUUCAAUGAGUUUUAUUUAAAACCUGAAUACAGACCAAAAAGUGACAAAGAAGAAGUUAAGAAAACCACAGUGACAGAAUCAUAUAUUAUUACAGCCAAUGUCUUACCUCUGUUUCAAGCAGCGGGUUAUCAUAAAGGGGAUAUUAUUGAUGGGCCAAAUAUAAGAAAGUAUGUCACUGAACAUGUAAAACAACACAAUUGUCAAGUUGAAAAUAAUGUACAGCUUGUACAACCAUCAACAGAGGUAUUGAAAAAAGUUUGCAAAACAGAUAACCCAGUAUCAUGGGAGGAGAUUUUUGAAAAGGUUUGUGAGGCUAUGAAGUCCUGUUUUAAAGUAAAUGCUGGAAAUGACCAAAUUUUAAACAAAGGCAAAGUGUCUCCAAUUAUUAUGAGUGUCUCUGUGAGGUCUGGUAACAAAAAAGUCACCAUAAUAGAUAAUUUGGAGGUGUUUGGAAUUAAUAUUAAUGAGUUUGCCAAGGAGUGCCAACAUGGGGUAGCAGCUAGCACUAGCAUAACUCCAACACCACCAGGGAAGAAGUGUGACCAGUUAUUAGUGCAAGGAAAUCAAGUUGUUUUUGUACAUAAUUUGUUAACAGAUAAAUAUAAAAUACCCAAGAAAUACAUUAGGGGGUUGGAGCUUGCUCCAAAGAAAAGAAAAUGACUUAUAGAUUUUUAAUAUAUUUAUGUAUAUUGGAUAUAA